GAUUCUUUCGCAGAUUGCCUGGAUCCUGGAUUACGUAGAGCUUCCUUUUUGCCUCGCCACAAAAGACUCAGCAGGCUCUAUCAUUCUUGUAGUCUUCUACGGUAUUGCAGUAACUGACUCCAUCUAUCUGCCAAACUACAGAUCAGUGUGCUCCUUGUGUUUUGCUACGGUACAGUUAGUUUGCUGAAGAAUGGAGAUGUGGGUGCCCAGAUGUGGGUGGUGGCAGUCGAAGAAUCUUUGGUAUCACCGACUUUGUCUCCUUUUAGCCGUUGCCAAUCUCGCAUGGGCACAACAGUAUUGCGGACCAACGCUGGGGUCCAUUGCAGUGCCCACCGACGACCCCCAGAUUACGUUGACGUUCAACUUUGGUGUGGAUCCAGCCGGUAACACGCUCAAUGGACAAUUGAUCUACAACCAAUUGGGAUGGCUGAGUGUCGGCAGCAAUCCCAACGGCCUUGUUAUGGAAGGAGCCACAGCUGUAAUUGGACUACCCGACGUGGCACCCAGCUCGGCGAAUCCUGGCAUAUACCAAUUGCAGGGAAAAGCUGCUUCCCUGGUGACCCUGUUGGCCGUGCAACCACAGCCUCAAGUCAACGCCAUUACCCAAAACGAAACACAUACGGUACUUCAAGCCAACAAUAUCGUGUCCCUAGCGGGGAUUGCCAACGGACAGGUCAAUAUUCUCUUGGCGGCCGGUGUGGACAAUGAUCUGGCAUUUCAUAAAUAUUAUCACCCUGCUGCAAUCACCCUAGAACCAUGCGGCGCAACCAACAAUCCACAGGCAACGGGAGGUCCCUCCACUAUUGGUCCUUCCAACACGGCCACAACUAUUUUACCAACCACAAUAGCUCCGUCUACAAUAGCCCCGUCGGUGGGCCAAGAUAUUGUGGUCGAAGGCUACAUUAUGGACCAGUUCUGUAUCCUUCAAGGAGUCUUUCUCGACACUGGUUUGGCAUCCCUUUUAAAUCCAGACAAACACACGGUGCACUGCCUCAUGGAUCCUCCACAAUGCUUCCAAUCCACUUUUGAGGUACUCCUAGAUCCGGCACAACCCGGACAACCCUACACCCGAGGCUACACGUUGGAUUCUCCCAGUAAAGAAAAGAUUGUUACCAUCAUCAAGCAGCUGGGAGCUUGCGAUAUCUGUGAGGGCAGUUCGGAAACCAUUCGAGAAGGAUUCCGGGCUAGACUGGCAGCGACAAUCGUCGAUUUGGGCAAUCCAACAACAGGGUCGGGCCCAUUGCUGUCCGUGUCGGAUGCCUUGGCCAUUUUACCCACCACCGAAGAAACACUGGCACCAUCUACCAUGGCAACCACCAUGGCACCGACGUAUGCCGUGGGGACGGUCUUGCCUUUGGUAGAAGGGUUUGUCAUGGAUUUCUUUUGCAUAGAACGAGGCACGUUGCUGGAUAAUCCCACGGUAGUUACACUGGCCGGUCCCGACUUGCACAGUGUGCACUGCUUGGUGGAUGUACAGCCUUGUGUCGAGACCAAUUAUGAAAUCUUGAUCGAUCCAGUCACUCUUCCAGGAGGACAACGUGCGACGACGAGCUACACGCGAGGGUACGUGUUGGACCUCAACACCAAGAAUCAGGCCAUUAAUUUGGCACGAGCCAUUGGAACCUGCACGACCUGUACAGGGGCGGGACAAUGGCAACGUGGCUUUCGGGUACGGUUGGUCAAUUCGACCGUCCUGGCUCUGGGCGAUGCUGCCACUGGUGCGCCUCCCACUAUCGGUGGGACGGCUCAACAAAUGAUUCCCGUGUAUUUCUUUAAAGAUGCUUCCACACCGCGCAAUCUACUGCAAGUGGGGGACUACGUCACAGCAAUCGGCUAUGUCAUGGACCAGUUCUGCAUUGAGUUGGGAACUCUCUUGGAUAAUCCGGCCUUGCCCACACUCAGCAAUGCCAAUGUCCACAGCCUGCACUGCCUAAUUGACGUUCCCCAAUGCGCUGCUUCGGACUACGAACUGCUACUGGAUCCAUCGCCUGCGGAUCUAGCCAGUAAUCCCAACGCAACAACAGUUUACACUCGUGGAUUCGUGCUGGAUCAAGCAGGAAAGGACCUUGUACGAUCUAUUGCACAGCAGUACGGAGACUGUGACACCUGCACUGGCGGCGGAGAUUGGAAGCAAGGAUUUCGGGUGGAGAUUAGAGGGGUGAUUGAGGCUUUGGCGGGACCUGAUGGAGAACCUCCAACAGUACGAGUUGAGUCGGCGAUACCUCUGAGACUUGAUGAUGGAACUAUCGAGGAGGAUGACUCUGCCGUUUCAACUCCCAUCGACAGUGCAGACCCAGUUACGGUGGAUGAUUCUGAUUAUGCUUCGAAUAAUCAAACUGACGAUGCACAGCGGGAAUGUCCUGAAUUACAAACUGCUUUCCCCUACGUUGGCAAGCACGCGUUUUCAGAUAUUCCAAUCAUGUUCGAGUAUGAAGUCAACGUUGAAGACCCCGCCACAGGUACUGGAAACAUUUCUGUCAGAGUUGUUUAUAGCGGAAAUGGGUGGGUAGGCUUUGGCUUCAAUGCAAAUGAAAGCAUGGUUGGAACGCUAGCUGUCAUUGGGACUCCAGAUGCAGCGCCUGCAAAGUAUCUACUGGGAGGAACGUCGCCCACCGCAGUGGCAUUGUCACCGAACCAGACGUUGUUGCCAACUGGUAUACAACAGGAUGGCCAACAAACGGUGCUAACAUUUACCAAGCUUCUCUCGGAGCCGGGAGAAAUCCCUAUCAACCUAAACGGCCCGAAUUACUUUUUGGUUGCAGGAGGAGCCAGCAAUGUGGUGUCGCAUCAUAUCCAUCGCGGUGCAGUCAAGAUAUCAUUCCCUCCAUGCAGCGUGGAUUCAUACGAUGAUGAAGCAGAUGCCUCUUCUUGCGAUGAAGGAAGCUACGCCAUGACGGGCGGAGGGCCAUUGAGUUUAUCGUACAAGUUGGAUAUGGUCAAUGGCAUGUUUCACGGCGAAGUCGUUUACGGAGGAACGGGUUGGGUUGGUUUCGCAGUGUCUCCAACUGGCGCCAUGAUUGGGUCUCACGCUGUCGUUGGGGUACCAGUACAGCCCCUGAGCACCCUUAACCCUGGGAUCUACAGCUUAGGCAGCAAAGACUUAUCCAACAUCUUUCUUCUCAAUCCAGGGGACAAUGCUACGAUUGGAACGAUUGUGCAGAAUGGAACGCAUACAGUCAUGCCAUUUGAAAUACCUAUUGAGAACGCUCUUAUACCAGGUUUGUCGAUCAAUCCAGCCGGCGUCAACAAAUUCUUGCUUGCAGCAGGAGCCACCAACGACUUCGCAUAUCACCAGUUCCGUGACUCGUUUGAAGUGGACUUCGGUGUAUGCAGUGGUGUUCUAGAGGAAGUAGACGUGGUAGAGAUCGAAGGCGAAGGCGGAGGAGAAGGCGAAUGCCAACAGGAGAGUACGAGUGUUGGAAGUUACCAGUUGGACAGUCAACCAUUGGUUUUUCAAUAUACGCUCGACAACGACAAUGGAGUGCUCAUGGGCAACGUGGUCUAUGAAGGCCUAGGAUGGGUUGCCUUGGGAAUAUCCGAAACUGGCGCGAUGAUAGGGUCCAUCGCCAUCAUCGGAGUGCCGUCACAGCCGGUGUCUUCCACCAACCCAGGUUUCUAUGACCUGCUUUCCAAGGUUCCCGGCACUGCAGUCAUGUUGAUGUCGCCACAACCAACUAUAAAUCAGGGCAGUAUCAUCCAGAAUGAAACACACACAGUAAUGUCUUUUGAACUUCCGCUCGCUGGCCUUGCCAACAGUUCUCUGUCAAUCAAUCCCAGCGGGGACAAUAUAUUUUUGAUGGCAGCGGGAUCCGACAACAACCUGAAUUCCCAUAUCUAUCGAGGUUCAUUCAAUCUGGACUUCUCUUCAGGUACGGCGCCGGGUUGUGAAGAAUCAGAGUGGGAGAUCGGGCAAGUUGUCAAUAUUGAAGGAUUUGUUGUCGACAACUAUUGCAUCUCUCUUGGGUACUUCCUGGACAACAACACUACCAAACCGCUGGAGGAGCCCAAUCUGCACAGCCUUCACUGCCUUCUUGAUGUUGAGGUGUGCAACAAUUCACCCUACGAAGUUCUUCUCGACCCAGAGCCCGGGGAGACGUUGUACAGACGUGGCUUCACUCUCGACGAGGAGAGCAAAGCAGGGAUUGUGGCACUUGCCAGACAGAUCGGUGCAUGCGAUACUUGCAACGGUGAAGGGCGACUUGAGAGAGGUUUUCGGGUGAAGCUCAGUGCAACCAUCGUUGACUUGGGUGAUUCGCAGACUGGAGCCCCGCCAACGAUCUCCGUCUAUGCCGCUACGCCCGUAUUUUACAUCACGGACUCAUCGACAGUGGCGAAUCUGAUGGUCGGCGAUAGCGUGGCUCUUGAGGGCUUUGUAAUGGAUGGGUAUUGUAUUGCCCUAGGAACGCUGCUCGAGGAUCCUAUGGUGGUCACUUUGCAGGAACCGUACAAGCAUACAGUUCACUGCCUGAUCGAUGUCGACGUGUGCAGAGCGUCUGCAUAUGAGAUCUUGCUCGACCCCCCUCCGGGCUCGAAUAGCAGUUACACCAGAGGCUUUCAACUGGAUGAUGCCAGUAAAACCUUAGUGGCGGAACUGGCACGGACUACAGGUGUAUGCCGGAAUUGUACCGGUGGUGGAACUUUGCAAUCUGGGUUCAGAAUUCAUGCCAGGGGUUCCAUAGCUGCGUUGGGCACUCCGUCGGGGCGGUUGCUGCAGCAGGGUGACGCAACACCGCCCACCUUGAGUCUUGUGACAGUUACUCCUGCUCAGUCUGAACUGCAGGUCACCGCAGACGCUUCCACUUUGGCUCCUUUACCUGAUACUGUCCCUGCCGGCGAUGGCGGUGCGCAAUCAGGCACGGUGGAUUGUUCCCAGUACCAGUCAUCCUACUCGUUUGCGGAGAAUGCCAACCCAAUCCCGAUAAGCUUACACUACGUGGUGACUUUCGACGAGCAGACCCAAUCUGGUUAUUUUUCUGCUCAGUUGGUUUUCGAGGGGCAGGGAUGGGUUGCCUUUGCGGUCUCACCGACCGGAAGCAUGGUCGGCUCGUUGGCUGUCAUUGGCUUGCCAGACGAGGCUCCUGGUCCAACCAACCCUGGGAAGUACGAUCUAAAUGGGCUAGUGGUGGAGCAAGUCACUUUGUCGCAACAACAAACAUUGCUGGACAGCAGCAUAGUCCAAAAUGACACCCACACAGUGUUGACAUUCAAGAAGUUGCUUACGGAACCUUCCGAAACGCCUAUAGAUCCAAAUGGCCCGAACAACUUUUUGGUUGCAGCAGGGUCCAGCAACCAAUUGGCAUACCAUCAGUAUCGGGAUGCUGUUCGGUUGGCGCUUGCGCCUUGCACGUCUGCAGGAGGGGGCAACGUUGAUGCCACGCCGGAGCAGAUUGAAACUGGCACCCCGCCUGACCGUAGCCUCCUGAGAGCCCAUGGCAUCAUGGCUGCUCUUGCAUGGGGCCUCCUUGCUCCUUUGGCUAUUGGAAGCGCGUUAGGCCGCCAUCUGAUCCCGAAAAUGGGAUUGUGGUUCGAGAUUCACCGCGGCCUGAACAUCGCUGUACUCUGCUUCACUGUUGUUGCCUUUGCAACCGCAUUUCGGGCAGUUGGAGCUUCCACAGGCGGCCACUUCCAAUCCCAAGGAGAUAGCGUACAUCGCCCUAUUGGCCUGUGUGUGUUUCUGUUAGUGGCAAUUCAAGUAGGCGGUGGGUUGUUUCGGCCGCAUCUUCCAGCUGAAGACGACAACGGUGUACCGAUUGAAGAGAAAACUCCACUUCGGUACGGGUGGGAAUAUGUUCACAGAAUAUCUGGAGCGCUGUUGGUUGUCAUGUCAUGGUACCAGAUUCAUACAGGUCUUGUACAUUACCAGACACUGUUCUCCACAGGGAGUUACACUGGAGUUUUCUGGGGCGUAACAUCCGUGCUAUGGCUGGCCAUUGUCGCUGCCUUUGCCUCGCGAUUCUACUUGUUGGAUCCUCGUCCAGAAUCUCCAGGGGCAGUAAGCAAACAGUCCCCGGAAGAGGACGCCGAAGAGCAACCUCUGACGCAAGAUGACGAUGUCGGCUCUGGCAACGAUGCUGCUGGCGAUGGUGAAGCUGCAACGUCUCCCGAAACUGAUGCAAAGGCUGGAGAUGACGACGAAGGCGACCCAGAAUCUCAGCAGAAUAGUAUCGAGAAGAACGACGAGAAUACCAACAAAUUUGAUGAUUUCAAUGACGAGGAAGUCACCCCUCCGAAGCGCAAUUCGGGCUCUCGCAAGUCGUUCACGCGUUCGUCCGAGUUGGGCGUCUUCUUCAAGAACAGCGAAAAGAAAAAGAGAAAUUCGUCCAAGCUCGGUGAAGCCAUUUCGGAGGAGGGAGAGGAUGAAGAGAACGAUGACGAAAACGACAACCCAGACGGCGAUAAUGCUGAUGAGGACGAAGGAAACAACCAAAAGCUGGCAAAAGAACCGUCCAAAAGAGGCUUCUUUCGCAAGAUAUGGGGGAAGAAGAAAUCGAAAUCAAACGCAGCAGAAGCAUCCGAAAGCAAUGACGAAGAAAACGAAACCGACGCGCUCCUGAAUUCCCCCAAGAGUCAAGACAGCGAAAACAAAAGACCAUCAGUUAUUAACGAAGGAAACGAGGAAGAACAAGAUAACGCAAGUGACAAUGAUGACGCGAAUGCAGCUCAGGACAGUGCCGAUUCAAAUGAAGUUGAAGAGAAGGAUGAAUCACCGAAGAAGAAGGGUGGCUUUUUGAGCUCGUUUGGAUGGGGGUCCAAAACAAAAGGUAGUAGCGAUGACGAGGCAGCCAAAGACGACGAAGACAACAACGACGACGAAAAAGAGUCUGAGGAGAAGGAGCCAGAAUCGAACAAAGCAGACGAAUCAGAGGAAGAAAAGAAGGAUGAGCCAGGUGAUAACGAAGAUGCUCCUUCCAAGAGAAAGUCAACUCGUAAAUCCACCCGCAAGUCCACCCGCAAAUCAGCCAAAGGUGGCGACCAGCCGGACGAGGAAGCAGUUGACGGUGUUGAACCGAAGCAGGAAUGGGAUGUUGACGAUUCUUCCGACGAGGGUGAGGAUUGAGAGUUGGGUUCGGCCAUCUAUACAAUUUCUGGACGACUGGCCUGAAUCUUCAAUCUGCUUUCAACAAGAGCAGACCGAACCACCCUUAUUAUGAAGCCUUUCGAUGAAAAGUUGAAUGACAAAACCGAGCAUGAUGCUACCGGUACUGGUACGGAUACCUCUAUGGUACCGUACAUCUGCUAAGUGGCAAGUACAUAGAUAAAUAGAUAGAAUUUGAUUCCUAUGACU